AUGACGGACCCCCAGGAGUGUGCCAGCCAGGGGAAGCCCAGCCUGUCCUUCUCCAUUGAGGAGAUCUUAAAGAAACCUUCUUCCAGCACCACCCUAAGCCGUGGAACCAGGAACAGAAUUAACUACACUGAGAGACUUCCAGCCCUAAAAGCAGGGUCACCACUGGCCUUUGAUUCCAGCAGCAGGAGUCAGUUAGACUGUAACUUACCUUCAGCAAAAAUGUUUCUCCCUGCCACAUGUGCUACACCAAUGGUGAAGGCAAAGGACAUGCAGGCAGCUCACUGCAGGAGACCGACUGACAGCCCAUCCUCCCUCCUGGGUGACAACGCAGGACGUGAACAACUGGAAGGCAAAAGAAAACACGAGGAAGAGGAAGAACAGCUAUGUGAUUUUCCAGUGGACCAUCCACUUCAUGUUGAGAGGAAAGGGAAGCGGAGAAUCCGGACAACAUUCACAGCUGAGCAGCUCCAGGAACUGGAGAAGAUUUUCCAAGUGACUCACUACCCAGAUGUCCAUAUUCGCAAUCAACUGGCAGCAAAGAUAAACCUUCCAGAAGCCAGAGUUCAGAUCUGGUUCCAGAACCAGCGAGCAAAGUGGAGAAAACAUGAAAAAUUUGGCAAUUUUGGCGGUCUUCAGCAGCUGGCAGAAGUUGAUUUCAUUCCUGCUCCCAAGUCAGAUAUCACAGCUCCUAGCUUGAUGCCAAGAAAGCUUGCUGCUACCAUCCCUGCCGUGGGUUACUACUCACCACUGCAAGGGCAGCUGACAACUGCCUGGCUGCCCAGCACGUUCUCCUUCGUCCCCCACCACUUGGAGCUGCUGCCCUUCCCAAAACCAUACCUGCUCUUCAAUGUCAUCCCUCCUUACAGCACACCGCUACCUCACAAGCUGGAAAGGAGCAGUAUCUGCGCCAGCUCCACAUAG